GUUCGGUAAACAUUCAUAAGUGUUGAAGUGAAAAAGUCACAAAGUGUGACGUAAUUCUAGUAAUGAGAGCAUUUAAAAUAGAUUUGUCAAAGUUAUAUAUAACCGACGCGCCUACGCCCGAAGUGUCAAAGAAAGUAAAAUCAUAUGGUGAUAUGGAUUGGUAAAUGAGGUUAGAUUGCAUGAUACUGUAUAUAACAAAGUUUAUCGCAAUGAUAAACUGAUAAGUGACUGCACACAUCAUGCUGGAUUAAUCAUUUACAAGAAAUAGCGAUUGUAUCGUCCACUUAAAAAAAAAAACAUUUUUAAUACAAUUCGCUAAAGAUUAUGAUGAACGGAUAGAUGCCGGUUGUUUAAUUGUGACCGCGCCGCCGCUGCAGUUACGCGGACGCAGCGAAACACAAACAUUCCCUGAGGUGGAACGACCUGCCUUUGUUUUGAGACGAGUUUCAAACUUUACUUGACAUAUGAACACUGAAAAUGGCUCUGUCCUCGAAUUGUUGGAAAUAUCUUGUACUAACCUUCAACGUUUUAUUCGCUAUGUCGGCAGUGGCGCUGUUUGGAGUUAGUGGAUUUCUCGUAUAUCGCCUGUUUAUUUACCGGCACUUUAUCCCAGUAAAUGUAGAGUAUCCAGCCAUAUUACUAUUGAUGAUCGCAAUCAUUACAUGUUCUGUAGCAUGGAUUGGAUGGCGAUCUGCAAAAUCUAUGCAUCAGUUUCACGUCGUUAUGGCUGGCCUACUGAUCGUUAUUGUGGUAGUCGUUGAGUUUUCCUGCUUCGUUUGGGCGAUGGUUGUGUGGGAUAAUGUAGAAAUCGACAUAAGGAGCACAAUGACCAACUACUUUAUGCUUACCAGUAAAAUUGAGGACCCUAAUUCUGUGGAUUCGUUGCGAUGGGAUAAAUUGCAUGUUCAGUUUGAAUGCUGUGGCAUCAGUGGCCCUGGUGACUACUCGGCAUCCAAACACGUGCCGUUCUCCUGCUGCGGCCAGGGUCCGUUGGAUUCACUACACAAGCCCUACACAGCAGAUUGUACUACCCUCUACCAGCGCGGCUGCGGGAAGCAGCUACACCAGUAUACCAAGGAUCAAUUGUUGCUGGUUGCUAUGACAGCGCUCACGGCUUCUAUAUUGCAGAGCACUGGUGUCUUCUGUACGUUUUUCCUCGCGCACGCCAUUUUGGCGCGUCGUCGGGCGUCAAUAAGGCAUUCAGUUUCAAUAAGGGAAGCUACUUUCUCGGCUCCGGAUGAUUCUUUAUUAGCUCCUACAGCACCUGCUCCCACCUUGCCCAAAUAUUAAAAAGAUUGCGAUGUUCUAGUUGUUUCUAGAUAAUCGCAAACGGUUAAAUUAUGUCAAUAAGAUUUAAUUCUUGCCAAAUUUUAUAUUUGUAAUUUUUAUCCUAAGAUUAAUAGUAAUUAAUAGUUAGUUAAGUGCACAACAUAACAAAUAAGAUACAUUUGUGGUUGGUAGUGUGGUUACAUAAAGUAUUAUAUUUAUUUAAACAUAGAUUUACAAACCUUCCUUUGUACACGUGUUGACGUCACCAAACUCAAGUCAUUAUCCAAUAUACGUGUACUCGCAACGAGAGGUCUAACUUCUUAACCUUUCCUAAAUUAGAGGGACGCGGCAACUACGGUGUACUAGUGCGAAUUGGUUGACUACACAUACCACUAUGAUACUUUGAAGGUUCAUGAAAAUUGCAUCAAUACAUUUUCCUUCAUCAUAUUUGGUAUUCUUAGUGUAUGAACUGUGCAGUAGUUCUUUAAAUCACAAUUUAUAAAAAGGUACGUACGAUUGGCAGAAAUAUUAGCACACAGGUUACGUUUGCAUAAUUCUUAUUUGCAUGUAAUCUGCGUUUGCGCUACCGAUAACAAAUUGUACAGACGGAUGCUGAGGAAAGUGGAACGAGCUGAGAAACCUGUAUUUGUUGAAGUUAUUGUGCAAUGCUACGCCACGGGCAAUAACGUAACUUGCGAUAAGAGAUCCGAAGCUUUUACUUGCUGUGACCCAAAAAAUACCAUAAACAAUAUGAGUAAUGUCAAAAGUGUAGUAUGAUAAAAUAGUCUUGAUGCGAUUGAAACAAUAUGUAUUUUUUAAGUUAAUAUAAACUCAAAAACGGUAAGUAUUAUUGUUAAGAGAGGGGAAAUAAUAUAAACAAAACGAUGGACAUUUACAAUAACAUUUUAAAGUAAGUAACAAUACAAGAAAGUUGAUCCGAUUGUUAUUGAAUUAAAAGAAAAAGUAUACUGUUUAUAGUAGAGUCUCGCUAUUAUGUAUAUACCAAGAAUCAUAGGUCGCUGUUAGCUUAAUCAGUUGCUUCCCUUCCCGUAAACAUUAAAAGGUCAUUUCCACUAAACGGCUACUGCGCGCGAUUGUCCGCGCUAAACUUAAUUUUGAACGGUAUCGCCUGUUUAAGUUUCUUACUUACAAAACUAAGUAAACUAAUUUGGAUAAUACUAAUAAAAUACAAGUAGGUAAAAAAUGAUAAAAACAAUAUUAUAUACGCGCAGAAAACCAUUACCAUCUUUUUCAGUCGGGUAAAAAUGAAAGCUGCGCGCGGCCACAGUCGCGCAGUUAGCCGCUAAAGUGGAAAUACGUAACCUAUACCAAACCUAUACUUAUGAAAUUUGUUUUCCGUGUUUCUUAUCUUUUAUACGAAAACACUUUUGUUGUGAAUUUGACCUUAUAUGAUGAUGUCACGCUGUAUUUCAAUUUGGUUUCUGUAUAUCAUGGAUAUUUAUAAAAAUAUAUACUUUUUAAUAACGCAACAAAAAAGGGUUGUGAACAUAAAAUUUUAAUUUUU